UGAAAUAUGGCGACUGCGAUUUGAAAUCACAAAAUAUUUUUUUUAACUUCAAAAAAAGGUACCGAGAUAAAAUUGAAAAUAUUGUAAGAAGGUUUUAUGUUAAAAUUCAAGCGUCUAAUUUUAGCGGCCAUAAAGUUCCAGGAGCGGAGGACCACUCUUGUAUCUUCAGUACAUAUUAUUCGACGGACUUGCUCUUCCGUAGUGUCUUCUGACGAAUUUUUGGAUAAAAUGUCUGGAAAAUCCAUGCCAAAAUGGAUACAGCCGGAAGGGAAUGGGGAACUUAAACUUUACAACAGUCUCACUCGUGAGAAGAAUGUGUUUGUACCACAGAAAGGCAGAAGAGUGUUUUGGUACAGUUGCGGGCCUACAGUGUACGAUGCAUCUCACAUGGGACAUGCAAGGUCUUACAUCACUUUUGACAUUUUACGAAGAGUACUUCAAUCUUACUUUAACUACGAUGUGUUUUAUGUGAUGAAUAUAACAGACAUUGAUGACAAGAUUAUCUUCAGAGCAAGGCGAAACCACCUGUUAGAGAAGUACAUCGAGGGGGCAAACCCUCCAGACAAAAUAUUAGAUGAUGUGAACUCUGCAUUGGGGCCAUAUUCUGCCAAAAUGGACAGUACCACAGAUGCAGACAAGAAAAAUAUGUAUUUUAAAAUUAUUGAAAAAGUGAAAUUGUGUCAUUCAAGAUUAAAAGAACUACUAACAACAAACAGCAGCUCUGAUGAAGUUGUCAGAUCAGCAACUCAGGAGUUGUUGCGUCAGGCAAGUGAACCUCUAUCAGCCUGGCUAGACUCUCAAUUUGGAUCAGAUGUGACAGACCACAGAAUAUUUGCAAAGCUCACCCAGCACUGGGAGGAUGAAUUUCACAAAGACAUGGAAGCUCUUAAUAUCCUUCCAGUGGAUUGUUUAACACGAAUCACACAGUAUGUGCCUGAGGUGGUAACAUUCAUUCAAAGAGUUAUGGACAAUGGAUACGCGUAUGAAUCAAAUGGCUCUGUGUAUUUUGACACCAUUAAGUUUGGCUCUGGUGGUAAGCAUGCAUAUGCAAGGUUGGUACCUGAAGCAGUGGGUGAUCUGGAUGCAUUGGCAGAGGGAGAAGGAGAACUAAGUCAAAACCCAGGAGACAAGAAAUCUGAACGUGACUUUGCACUGUGGAAAGCCAGUAAACCAGGUGAACCUGCUUGGGACUCUCCUUGGGGAAAGGGCCGACCAGGAUGGCAUGUAGAAUGUUCUGUGAUGGCAAGUGAGGUUUUAGGUAGCUCCAUUGACAUUCACACGGGUGGAGUGGAUUUGAAAUUUCCUCAUCAUGACAAUGAGCUGGCACAGUCUGAGGCACAUUAUGGUGUGUGCCAGUGGAUACAUUAUUUCCUCCAUGCUGGUCAUUUAACGAUAGAAGGAUGUAAAAUGUCCAAGUCUCUGAAGAAUUUCAUUACAAUCAAGGAAGCAUUGGCAAGAAAUUCUGCCAGACAAAUUAGACUUGCCUUCCUUCUUCAUGCCUGGAAUGCUACUCUGGACUACAGCGAGAAUGUGCUUCGUGAAGCUGAACAGACAGACAAGCUAUUUAACGAUUUCUUCUUGAACGUAAAGGAUAUUCUUAGGAGACCAGAGGACACAACACCAUCAGCGCACAACUAUCAUGAGUUGGAGAAAGAUCUCCAGGACAAGUUCCUCGGUAAAAAGGCGGCAGUCCAUGAAGCUCUCUGUGAUUCAAUCGACACACCCAGUGCACUUCGACACAUGCAAGAACUUGUGAAACUAACGAACAUCUACAUUAGCGGCAAAAAGGAGAAAAAAGAAUCUUCAAAUCACCAGCUCUUGGAAGGAAUUGCUAAGUAUCUGACUCACAUGCUAAAGAUUUUUGGAGCAAUCGAUGAGGAACAAGCCAUUGGUUUUCCAGUCGCUGGAAAAUCUGCUGCAGCUAAUCAUGAAGAAGUUGCCAUGCCGUAUGUCCAGCUACUUGCUGAUUUUAGAGAAGAAGUCAGGAAUGUUGCGCGGGACGAAAAAGUAACUAAAAUCCUUCAAGCAUGCGACAGGUUAAGAGACGACAGUUUGCCAGAACUCGGAGUGAAGCUUGAAGACGUGGAAGGUGACCACGCAGUGAUAAAGUUUGUGGACAAAGAAACGUUAUUGAAGGAAAAACAGCAACAGUUAGAGGAACAAGAGAAGAAGCGGAAACAGAAGGAGGAAGCCAAAAAGAAGUUGGAAGCGGAAAAGGCUGCAAAGGAAGCAAAAGCUAGAAUUCCACCGUGGGAAAUGUUUAAACACGAAACAGAAAAGUAUUCUAAAUUUGAUGAACAGGGAGUUCCUACCCAUGAUCAUACGGGAGAGCCACUGAGUGGCAAACUGAUCAAAAAAUUGAAGAAAAUGUACCAACAACAAGAGAAACUGUAUAAUUCUGUUGGGGCUGGCCAGGCAGCAAAUGGUUCCACAGAAAACUAACGUGACACUAAAAUUUAACUGAAUUGUAAGACCUAGUGAUACAAUUGAAAUAAAAGGCAUAAUGAGUUUUGAGUUU